CUAGAUUGCCGCGGUGCAUGCUGGGUCCUUCCUUUCCAUCCCGGACUCUCGUCAGUCAUCAUGGGAAAGUGUCGUGGUCUGCGUACUGCCAGGAAGCUCCGUAAUCACCGGCGUGAGCAGAAAUGGCACGAUAAGCAGUACAAGAAGGCCCAUCUGGGCACUGCGCUGAAGGCUAACCCCUUCGGAGGAGCUUCUCACGCCAAGGGCAUCGUCCUGGAGAAAGUCGGUGUGGAGGCCAAGCAGCCCAACUCCGCCAUCAGGAAGUGUGUGAGAGUUCAGCUCAUCAAGAACGGCAAGAAGAUCACCGCCUUCGUCCCCAACGACGGCUGCCUCAACUUCAUCGAGGAGAACGACGAGGUUCUGGUGGCAGGGUUCGGUCGUAAAGGCCACGCCGUCGGUGACAUUCCCGGAGUUCGUUUCAAGGUGGUCAAAGUGGCCAACGUGUCGCUGCUGGCUCUCUACAAGGGCAAGAAGGAGAGGCCCAGGUCGUAGAGCGACGAUGCUCAAGUUCAAAUAAAAUCCUUUUCAAAUACA